AAUGAGUUGUAGUGUAAGUGCAGGGACGGGACUGAUCAGUCAGUGUGUAAAGUGAACUGUAGGGUGACAGACACAUGUUCAGCUCUCCGACAAGCCACAGUAGGAUGUAGCUCUUGGACUUUUUACGAUUAUUUGACAACAGCUGAUGUGACUAGUGGAUAGCAUAGCUGUGACAACAGUGUCAUCCCAGUAGUUUUGUAUUGUCAAAUAUUUACUCAGAAAAAUCUGAGAAAACUGUUUUGAUAUUGCACACUUGCCAUGAGUAAUUUGACCGAUUUCGCCAUGUUUCGUUUUAACUUGUGGCCUAAACCGUUCUUUACCCCUCAACCAGGAAACGCAGGGAUGGAAAACACAUCAUUUGUGCCGAAUCCGUUGACAUCUCCAGCGCUCAUGGUGUUAGCGUCAACUGCAGAGGGACACGAAGCGGCCCGAAUGCCAUCGUCCCAUCCAUUCCAAGGACAAGGAAUGGACAAGGAUAUGCCGACACCUUUCAAUACCACAGCAUUUACAAUGUACAGACCAGGGGAUCCAUUUUCCCCACCCAUCUAUGCCCCCCUCCCUCCCUUCGUCAGAUCCAACUUGGACAGGGGUGUGGGCCUCAUAAGCCCCGGGGGAGGGGGAGCAUUUCGCCCCCUGGGGCCAAACAGUUCCGAGGGGGUCGAGAACUACCAGUCUGCAUUUACACCAGCCAAGAAGGCUAAAUUGGACGAUUCCGGAUGUCACUAUAGUAGCAGCGAAAAUUGUGAUCCGAAUUUUAGUGAGUCGAACCCGGACUCGACAAGCAUAAGGGACACCACACCAUUUAUUGUGAAGGAAGAGCGCCCCUCGAGUAUAAGUUCUGCUGGCUGCGACACAAACUCCGAAAACCAGUCUGAGCCUGGGGACUUGUAUGACAGAGGAACUCCUGAUUCUGAAGGAAGAAAUCUUAGAAAGCAGCGGAAGCGAAGUGUGUUGGAUGGCCAGACACCAUGUUGCCCUGUCUGUGGCAUAACCCUCCGAGCUGGGGAGGUCGAGUCCCACCUUAGUCUGGAGCUGGACAAGCUGGAGAAACUCAGCAGAGGAGGAAGAAAGUCAAGGGACUCCACACCUCAAGGGAGAAAGACUUUGCCAUCACCGUCCUCCUGCAGGAAAGGGAAGGAGUCACCGUCCCCUGAGGUUGCGUCUCAAGCCAGAUUUGAGUCCUACCUACGUAUACGCUGUAAUCGGCAGUCACGCCUCAGCGCUCGGUGCCGGAAUAAGAAGAAGAAGCCAUCGGAGGAAGGUUACAAGGAGACAUUAUGUCCGGUGUGUAAUGACAGACUAGCAGGGAAUGCUGACGAACUCAACGCCCAUGUAGAACAGUGCUUAAAGAAGUAUCAAACCCGUGGAGACCUGGGUGAGGAUGAGCCAGUGGACGUGGAGGGGGACGGCGACCAGUACGAGGAGUAUACAUGGGCGGGGCAGACCAGGAUCAGGGCUACCACCAUGCUGCAGGGGGGGUUUGCCAAGUCAGGAUUCCAGACGAUGAACUUACGAAGAAUACAAGACGAAGAUAUUGAUCUCAAUGUAGACGGGGAUGAUUCUGAAGAGUAUGGAAAACCUCAAUUUUCUGAAGUUGAUGUGAUUCCUGUCAGUGCAGAUGAACCGGGCGAGGACCGCGAGAGACAGGCAUUGAGAGGAGCGUUACUCAGUUCUGACCCAAGUUCUUCACAUACAGAAGGGCAUUCCAACUCUCCCGAGUGUCAAAGUAAGCAGUCACAUGACCACAACCACGAUGUUCCUAUGGAGGGGUCAAGUGUGAGCACGAGCACAGGUUCGUCUACAUCAGAAGUUAUCAGUGCACUGCGGUCCCGACUCCGGGAUCUGGAGGAGGAGAAGUCCGAGAGACAGAAGUGUCUCAUCUGUAUGGAACCCUACCGGAAUGCCCUGACGUCAAUACAGUGCUGGCACGUCCACUGUGAAAUGUGUUGGCUCAAAACACUGGGAGCGAAGAAGUUGUGUCCACAAUGCAACAUGAUUACCUCCCCUUCUGAUCUCCGAAGAAUAUAUCUCUAGUUCCCAUCCCAUCCACCAGGUGUCCGUAGGCUUGUAGUCUUGUUUGCAAUCAGGGACAAUUUUCAUUGGCUGUGGAUCCUCGUUGUUUGCUGGCUUAGCCAAUCAGAAAUCAGUACCUGGAUCUGAGGUGAAGAAGUCAGUACAAGAAAUCUGUUGGUGAUGAGCUGCCCUAUUGGUGCAAAGUGUUAUAUGUGAAAAUGUAAAUAAAUAAAGGUUUUAUUGCCAAAGUAGACCGUUGUAAUGUAAAAAUACCAUACUGUACAGAUAAAUUAUAUGAUAUGAUGUAUUGUUAUAACUUUGAAUUAUGUAAUGCAUAGUCGUGGAGGACUAGUGUCAUUUUGUUCCAAUGUUAUGAUAUUUGUGGAUGUUUUAAAGGUUUAAUCAUGAUCAACCAGUAUUAAUGUUUAAGUCAUCCCAAAUUCACAAGAUUUUAGUUUCCUGGAAUUGUCAUUUAUUUGCAUUAAAAAGAUAAAUUGGUUCGUUCAUUAUGAAGUACAUGAAAAGUCAUGAAUUUCAAAGUAUACCUGUUUUAAACAAAUAUUACAUCAAAAUAAGAAUUUGAUUUUUUGUUUUCAUAAAUCAAGUUGAUUGAGAAUCAGUUAAACACAGGAUGUUUCCUUCUCAAAUUAUGAAGUUCAAAUGCUGUUUGUCAAAUGUUUUGGUUAAUGGUCUCCUACAAAAUGGUUAUUUCACAUGGUGAAUUGUAGUUUUGUGUUGAGAGCCUGUAGCAGCACAGUCAGAAAAUCACAGUAUUACAACCUGGAGACAUUAUUUCCAUGUGUGAUAGGACUAUUAAGGCAUAAUAUUUGUGGUAUCAUUUUCUUUUGAAAGAACCUGCAUUUUAUAAACAGUGCUCCAGAUCCUGCUCCCUCCAAAACCCUGCUUUCAUUAUGGUUGUCAUAAACACUGACUGUAAUUUGUCUUGUUAAUCCAGAAAAUUGAAUACCCGUAAUGUUUUAUGGGGUUUAAGAGUAUUCAGGAAGAGAUCAAGGCCACAGUGGGGCGUGAAAUAUAAUAUGUUUACAGUAGGAAGUAAUAUAUCCCUAAAGAAAUUAAACUUGGUUGCUUCAUAACAUGAUUUUUCCAUAAUGCUACACGGCGAGACCCCCUUAACAGUUCGGAAACAAUGCAAGCAAAAUGAUAUUUUCCAAGCCAGAGUGUAUAUUGGCAUUGCCCUACCCAGAAUCUUUUUCCUUGCCACCUGCAGAUGUACUACUGUUUCUCAGAAGUUAAAGAACACCCUAUUUUCUUCAUAUUUCUACAGUUAACCUGUCAUGCCACAACAGAUUAACUAGUAAUAUGAAAGAAUAGUGUUCUUAACUUCUUUUGAGUAAUAUAUUUGUGAUAUGUACUUGUUAGAUGCAUAUAAAUUGUCCGGAGAUGAGAUAGGAAUAUUUUAUGACAGACUAUACUCCCAUAAAACCUACAAGUAACUCGUGUGGCCCUAUGCGUAUUGAGAUAAUGUGAUCACACGAAAUAAAGAGCGAGAUUCGCUUAUGAGUCAUGACAUCACUUUUGAAAGGAAUUAUUUGGGUCAUGGUUGUUUUUGUUUUUUAAAUUGUUGAGACUGCACUACAUUUCAAAAGUCAUUGUUUAUUGUGAACGUUUUGUAAUAGAAUGUAUUUCAAGAUUUACUUUCAGAAAUAAACCUAGACAUAUUUGACCCAAUUCGGUAAAUCUAGGUCUGCUCUGUCAGUACAUGUGAAAAGAAAUACCAGCAAUAGUUUUGUAUUGGAGUGAGUGUUUGUUGAUGAAGUCCAGUAAACAUUGUCUACUUGUGUGUCAUGUGAAUUGCUUCAACAUGGCUUAGCCUCCAGCAUUUAAGAAAAAGGGAAGACUUCGGAAUGAUUGUAGGUGUAGAUCUUUAUAAGUGUGAUAAUCAGUCUGCAUUUCAUAUUGAUCACUUCUUUCAUAAUAUUUAAAAAAUAUACUCCUGAAAAGAAGUUCCAAUAGCACCCGAUUUUGUCAUAUGACUUACUAUAGUUGGGUGUUCUUUAACUUCUUUUGAGCAUUAUAUAGUGAAAACAGUUGAUAUCUUGUGACAAAUGCUGCCAACAGCAAGCUUGUACCAGAAAUGAUCUCAUACCGAUAUUAUUGCAUUAGAUGCAGAUAUUUGUUUUUUGGACUGGUGAAUUUUUUCUUUUCAUAUUCUUCCUUAUCUAUGCUGCUUUAUUAGGGCAGUCAAAUAAGAUUUAACAUUUUUCAUCUGUCAAGUCUUCAUAUGUUGUUGAAACUAAAAUAAAAUGCUGUCCCAAAUUAACAGAAAGGAUUAACUAAAUAUUUUUCAACUGAUCAGGGCCCACUUGCACAAAGCGAUCUUAGCGCUAAGAUAAUUGUAACUCACAUACUUUAACAUAGGGUUAAGAUAAUCGUAGCACUAAGAUGGCUCUGUGCAAGUGGCCCUAGGAUUGAAUCCCAGGUUAACCUUGGUUUGGUGGCACCAAAUGUCUUUGAGCCAAGUCAGUCCUGCCUUUCCUGCUACAUUAAGGCAAUGUGGCAUGAUAUAACCAAUACUGUCAGGCCCCACCACAAACCAUUCAGGGAAUGUGACAAGUAUUUAAUCAUAUCAGCUGAGCUCAAUACGAAAACAAUGUACGAGUCAGCGAUAGGUUCAGGGAGCUGUUUUAGCAGUUCACCAGAAAUUAAUGUACAUGUAUAGGUUUUAUGUGACCUUGGACCUUGGACCUUUCAUUUAGUUGGUUCAUUCAAAACUUGUCCGCUGAAGGCAGAAUAUAUUUUACCAACAGCAGCUGUUUUACUCUGAGUGUUCUGUUGUAUGAAAAAAACAUUGAUACUGGAGAGUUAGACAAUGUGUAUCUAAAUUUGUGUGUAAUUAUAUUUAUGAAUGGGUGACUGUUCACACACGGAUUGAUCUCUUCGUGUAGAACAGACUUUGGGAAACUCUACCAAGUGCUAUGCUCGACGAGUUGUAGAUAUUGUGUGUAUGAUUAUUGUUCUUAUGAGCUGAAAAAUAUUCCAAAGAUAUUCUCCACAGCACACCACUGUGGUGAAAAAGUGUAAAUAAAAUGCCAGAAAAUUUGAAA